AGUAUAAGAUGCUUUGUGUUCCAGUCUCGUCGAACACAAGGUUAACGUACUUUCCUGGUUAGAUAGACUCCUGMGGACAGUAUAUUGUGACACUCUUUUCACUCGAAAUACUCUAUUCACUAUGAAGGGCAUCAUUACUGGUGGUACUCGUGGGUUGGGAUUCAACAUCGCUGAAGAUAUGGCCAAAGAAGGUUACACUCAUCUCAUCCUCACGUACAACUCCAACGACGAAGCGGCGCAAAACGCUAAGACAGCACUGGAAAGCAAAUACCCUGUYAAAGUGUCGGUGCUUAAAGGAGACAUUGGACAAGAGACGACCAUAGAUGAAAUUUUUGAGCAUGCUAAAGAAGCUUUCGAUGGAGUCCUAAACGCUUUCGUGCAUAAUGCUGGAGCCGCAGUUGGAAUUACCUCAGGAGCCGAGACAGAAGAUGCAAGAAAAGCUGCACAGAGCUACAAAGACAAUAUCGGAAGUGGGGAGUUCAAAAAUUUCUCGACCUACGACUAUUUUCAGAAUAUUUAYCCGAAAUGUUUUAUUCGCUGCGUAGAACAAGCAGUGAAAAUGAUGGAAGAUGGAAAAGGUUUCAUCAUUGCCGUGUCUACCUAUGGGUCCAAUGUGUUACAAACCCCGAAACCUGGUUACGCAAUUACAGCACAGGCUAAGGGCUGUAUGGAACUUUUGGUCCGUUACUAUGCCCAGGCUCUAGCCCCACGUGGUAUAACUGUUAACGCUGUCAUCCCAGGUUAUGUUAUGUCUGAUGCUUGGCACAACAUGACUAAAUCCAUUGGUGGUAUUGAAUCAGAAGCUGUCAAAAAGAGAAUCCAGGGGACCCCUAUGAGGCGAUUUGGUGAGGGUCGUGAGUUCAGUCAAGUAGUUUCCUUCCUGUGUUCUCCAAGGGCGAGUUUCAUCACCGGGGUGGCCCUCCCUGUCGAUGGGGGUCUUCAUCUGCAGUAGACUUGUGGGGAGGCUAGGGUGGUCUCUAAUUAUCGUGUUUUGCAUGGGAGUAAUUAGGGUUAUAACUACAUCAGGCUGAAACACUGAUACGUCGUUUGAAUAGCUUAUCUUCUUUCAUUUUUUUUUUUCAAGCGGUUUUAGUUUUUGUGUCCAGAGAGUAAAAGAGAGCACAUGAAUUUAUUGCUCUAGAAUAUAUCGUAUUUUAGCUAAGAGCUGCAUGUGAACGAAGACAAGUUUAUAAAAGACGGAACGCAUUAGUGUGAACAAGCCUGACAGUGCACAAAAUAUAUCCAUGAAAUAUCUGCUAACUUGUUAGCCCGUAUAAUAUCAUUAGAGUUAGAGUAAUUGUCAGAAAUUUCGUUGGCUUCUUCCUUUACUAUGACUAACAAAAAAGAUAGUCUUUUUCUUUCUUAUUUCACGGAAGUAAAAAAUGUUAUUUCACGGAUAUAUGGCAUGCACAAGUAUCUGAGAAACAGCAGUAAUAAUAUGUGUAAAAUUGGGGAUUUUCAAUGUGAAUAAAGUGCAAAUGACAAGAAAAUGCCUCAAMCUCUGUGAUUGUAUCAAACUUAUAAAUGUAUAAAUAGCAAUUUUGAAUAAUCGGAUGACAAACAUAGUCUACGAUAUUGUAGCCUCUACUCACCGAAGUUUUACUUCACACGAAGGARAAAAAAUCGAAAAUGAAUACCUAAAUCCAAACUAUUUGUGAAAUUAAUUGCGCUUUUGGUCAUGAAUGUAGAAAAAAAAAAGGAAUCAAAAGAAA